CAUGUAUGUGAGUUCUUCCACUAAACAACACAGGCGUUGAAUUGUUACAGCUUCUUACACAUUGCGAUACUUCUCAUCUCUACCAAUUACAUCUUUAACCUUGUUCAAAAUGUCAAAGUUCUCACUAGCUGGCCGCCUAGCCGUCGUGACUGGGGGAGGUCGAGGAUGCGGUUUCGCGUUUGCCCAGGGGUUAGCCGAAGCGGGUGCUGACGUUGCCAUAUUCGACGUGAUUGAACCCUCUGCUCCUGAAGUCGAACAGCUGAUUUCCAGCUAUGGGGUCCAGAUCAGGUCUUAUAUUGUGGAUGUAACCAAGUUGUCGAGUCUAAAAGAAGGUUUCACCGCUGUGGCUUCAGAUUUCAACAAUAGGCUAGACAUCCUGGUAGCAUGCGCAGGGGUCAACAAGAACGUCCAUUUCCUCGACACCGAAGAGGAAGACUUCGAUAAGUUAUUUGCCGUCAACGCUAAAGGUGUUUACUUCUCUGCAAAGCUGGCAGCUCAAGCUAUGAUCGGAAACAAGACCAAAUGCGGCAGUAUUAUCCUCGUGGCCAGCAUUGCUUCGCAUAUGGCUAUUCGAUCUCAGAGGUCGACAGCCUACUGCGGUACCAAAGGUGCGGUGAGAGCAAUGGUCGCACCAAUUGCCGCGGAGCUUCAAGAGUAUGGGAUCCGAGUCAACUCAAUCAGCCCCGGCUACGUCAAAACGGCGAUGACAGCGCCAUUCCCGGAUUUGAUUGAGGGAUGGAAGGACGAGAUCAUGAACCGUCGCGUUGCGGAACCUGACGAUAUCAAGGGGGCUUGUGUCUUCCUGGCUAGUGAUGCCAGCGCGUAUUGCACGGGCUCUGACAUUCUUGUCGAUGGCGGUGUCACAAAGUGGUAAUGUCAUUAAUUAUCCCUACCUCUCCUAACCUGGAAAGGUAAAAGCCAAUAAAUAUAAAACUCUGUUAUUAUUAGCCAGCACUUGAGCGUUUGAGGCAUGUAGUUCGUGGC